AUCUUCGCCCAUCCUCACCCUCCUCGACAGGCGUCAAGGCUUGCACGUCGCUGUCCUCGUCUUGUUGCUCUCGCCUGGCUUGCGUCCUGCCUGAGCUCGCCGUCAGUGGGCAAUUGGCCUCGCGAAGGCGUUGCCGCUGCAGUCGUUCUUUUCCUUGCCGUGUCGAUCUCGCUGGUCCUCUGCGUCGCUACCUAUUUAUCAUCUCUCUCUCUCUCUCGCGGACGGACGACACCGACGCCCUUCUCGUCCUACUUACUUACUCACCAGACGACCAGAGACGGAUCUGCUGCUUGUCUGCUGAACGGCCCAAGAAUAAAAAAACAAGGUACGACCUGGGUGCGACUCUCGACUCUCUGCCCUCUCGCUGCCGACACGGACGGGACGGAGGGACAUCGGAUGUCGUCUCUCACUCAGACACACACAAACACAUUGAUAUAAAUACUUCUUCAGCGACUCUUUCUGAUUCUCUACCUUCUAGCCAGGUAAAAGGCGGGGACUGACUCUGCUUGGUGGUGGUUGACUCCGACCUCCUCUCGUUGCCGUUAGUGGCAGACCUCAAACCACGUCUUGUCCUUCUUCUACGACAAGCCAUAAAAAGGGAACAUUGAUGUUCAUGGCAGCCUCUUCGGUCUCUGCCAAAAAGUCCACUCCAGAGAUGCCUGUCUUUUCAUACGCCCAGGCUGCAAAGGGCCUUGCCUCUGACUCCAACAGCAAGCAGACUCCCACGCCUCCCAGUGUGGAGGAAACUGGCACUACCACUGCCAGUACUAGUACUACGACCAUGGUGGAUGGAGAUGAUGCUGGAAAGGCCGUUUCGGCUUCUCCCUCGCUAGGACUGUCGGCUUCGACCGCCUCGACCCUGGUCAAGGAAGACGACCUCUCCACCACCACCCCCAACGGCACCACCACCGCCACCGCCUCAGAGUCAGAGUGGGAGAAGCAGUCCCAGGCUUCCACCGCCGCUGACAACAAGGAGAAGUCGGCUGGCUCGUCUUCGUCAACGGCUCCCCUUGCAGACGAUGAGAAGCCCAAGUCAGAGGCCAGCUGGGAGAACACCACCAAUACUCAAAAGGAGCACAAGGAACAGCAAAAGGAGCAAAAAGAGCAAAAAGAGCUCAAGGCUGCUCCACCGCCGGCAGUCAACAUCUGGCAGCAACGACAGGAGGCCCUGGAGGCCAAGGCAAAGGCCAACGCCCUGAAACCUGCUGCCACCACGACGGCCACUACUACCGCUAGUACUACUACUCCUCCCACUACGACUACCAAGAACACCUCUACUCAGACCCCGUCCGGCGACGUCAGGUCUGAACACUACAAGGGCGGCAGCAGAAAGAAGGCUGAUCCCGCAACCUCAGAGAAAAAGAAAGCUACCGACGGAUCGAGGAAAAGUGCUCGGCCGGCUAGACAGGACGCUGAAUCCCUCCCUCCAGUCAACGACGCCUCCUCCUGGCCAACCCCACAGACUGCUCAGGGUGAAGACCUGCGCAAGGCCCAGGAUCAAGCUGACAAGCCUGAACGGCCCGAAAAGGAGAAGCCUGCUGGCUCCAGAGCCCACGGCAAGGAGAAAUGGAUGCCCGUCCCAUACGUGCCCACGGCCGUCUUCAACACUCCCUUGCCACCUGCUGCCAGGAGAGGCGGCCGCAGUGGUGGUCCCAGAGGCGGCGCGCGUGAAGGUGGCUCCAGAGGCGGUGCCCAUGCCGGUGGUGAUAGAGCUACUACCACUACUUCGACCUCGAAGCCUUCCUCGGCCGGAGAGCGCGAGAAAGGGGAUGCCACAGAGUCUGCUCAAAAGUCUACCACUGCCGCUGAUGCAAGCCUGAAAAACGGCGAUGUUGCUGCUCCAGCUGAGGCGACCAAGGACAACAGGCCAGUACAGAACAGCAUCAACACCGCUGCUACCACUUCUUCCGAUCCUACCUCGUCUUCUCAGUCCCCUACUCGUCCUCACCAGUCCAAGUCCUACCACAAGUCCCACGAGGACAGCUCUUCCUCGUACAAGAACGCCCAUGCAGACCAGCACGCCUCCAGACAGGCCAAUUCCGACUCUCAUGCCGGCGGCCACUCCAGAUACGCCAACCACGACAGGCGGUUCGACAUGGGUGCUCGCUCCGGCGAGUUCUUCAAGGACUACCAGCCCAGAGGAGACAGAGACUUCUCCAAGGACCGCGAGUACUCCCGCGAAUACACCCGUGAAUCCCGCUCCGAGCGAGGAGGCCGUGGUGGCUACCGCGGCGGUCGAGGCGGCCACUCCAACUACAACAACACCAACAACACUACCUCUACCACCCAAACCUCCUCGGCUUCUGCUUCUUCAUCCUACCACUCCGCUCCAAUCCCACAGCAUCCUUUCCCUUCUUCCAAAACAUACAACAACUUCUCCGACCGCCACCGCAUCCAGCCCUCUGCCAAUGGCACCCAGCAACAGCAGCAACAGCAACAGCCACACUCCUCCACCACUACAAACAACCGUCUGAACAUGCGCAUGGAUGAGCGGGAUCCCUCCGCCAGAAACGAGGGGCCUUCAUCUGCAACAGCGCAGGAGUAUAUUCCGCAGCAUCAACAGGCGCAUAUGAAUGGACAUGCUCAUGCUCAUGCUCAUGCUCACGUCCAUGGGAAAGGAACAUACGUUAAUACAAACUAUGUACCUGCUGACAACAGCUAUUCGGCGGACGAGCCUAAACGGUCUGCCAAACUCUCAUCCGCCGCACCAGAGUUCUCCCCUCUCUCCGCGAAUGGUCAUACCCCUUCGUUUGAGCAGGGCACUAGCGCCCCCGUAGACGCCCAGGGCCAGGGCCAGGGCCAGGUCCAGCGCGCGGAUGGCAGCAAUUUCGUUGCAGUGAACGUCGGUCAAUAAUCGCGCUGCACAGUGCGCAUAUUGUCAUCUCACCCCAUUCCGUUUCAUCACUUCGAAUGAAAGGACUAAAAGAUAAAAAAAUUAUUACCAAUGAUACCCCACUACACCUCGACGCACACAGCAUAUCGUAUGGUAUGCGAGAUAAUCACGACCAAACAAGAAUUCAGAAAGAAAAAUAUGAGCUCUACGCUCGUCCACCCACUCACUCGCUUUUGGUUUAUAAAAUUGAAAUGAUCAAGGCACGCGCCAACCAACCAUCCAGCAGAACGAGACAAGCAACCUCUUGCUCCUGCCCCGUCUCGCCUUACAGAUUGAUAUGAAUGUACAAUGAAGAAAAAUCAAAAAACGAUUACUUGAUUGAAUUGAAUUGACCAGCCUCGGAAACAGAGACCGCUGGACUUCAACCCGCUGAGACUUAAAAAAAAAAAAAAGAAAUACCGAAAGACUCCCUUUGAAUGUUAUGCGUUGUGCGAUUUUCUACCUAACUUUUCCUUGCAAUUGCUGUGUUCUCUCGGCUCGGUUCGGUUCUCGGCCCAGUCAGUCAGUCAGUCAGUCGGCCGGUCGGUCGGUCCGUCCGUCCGUCCAAAGAAAGCUCCCUAGAGCACUCUGGCCCACCCACAGGGCGAUGGUAACGGCCAAACGGUCGGAGGCAAACACGUUUUCGGGACGAAUCGGAUGACUUGAAUGCGCUAUUAAAUGAUCUGAUCCAUGCAUGAUGUCCUCCUCCCGUCCGGAUCCAACUGUCGGGUCUGCCCUUCGAUCAAAAAAACCAAUCGACCAAAAAAAACAACACUAAAAAGCCAUUGAGAUACCUUAUUCUUUUUCUGUCCUUUCUUUCUAGGGAGUCGUUUAAAAAACACUUUAACCUUGCUUUGAGUGCUUGCUUUGAUUUGAAUGUCUUGUAUAUUUUUCUCCUCCUUUUCUACGGCUGGACGGCCCCAGUUCGGAUUUCAUUUUCAUUUCAACUUCUUCGACCCGUCUCGCCUGGCAAGAUCAAGGCCAUACCAUACCAUGCCAGGCCAGGCCAGGACAGGACAGGACAGGACAGGCCAGAUCCGCCCUUUUGAACUUGAUUUUACUUACCUAUUUAUUCCAUGCGUGUUACUGCUCUGUUUACUUGUUCGUCUUUUCUCACCAUCUAAAUCUGCAUGCGGCGUUCAGGAUCUUUUACUUCGGUCUAAAUUUAUGCUUUAUUUCUCUUCUUACCUUUCUUAUCUUCGAAAAUGCCCGGUCCCGGUGCCGUGGCCGCUACCGUUGUCCUGCGCCAUGCGUUCAAACUGACUCAAAAAUCAAAAAGCGACAUCCGUCAACGAACGACCAUCUCCUUUUUUUCCCCCUUUUCUAGAAUUUAUCAUUCAUAUUGAUUGCCCUUUCUUCUACCUGCGCUUUUCUUUAAUGCAAGAGUUCGUUUUACCGUGAGUAAGUAAGGACCUUUCUUCCACCCGUCCUACUUACUGCUCUUCCUCCUCUUCUCUGCUCGCUGUAUGCUCUCGUCCAUGUCUAGAUUACCUACCUUACCUAUAUCCAUCCUUCCGCUCUACUGUUGCCUCUUAGAUAGCCAGAUCAGCUCAGCUCAACCCACGCCAGCACGCGGAACAUGUAACACCACGCAAUAAAAGUCCAUAACCUGCAACCCACAUCCAGUAUCUAUCUAUCUAUCUAUCAAGAUCUAUUAUAGUGAAGAGAUAAAAAAAAAGGCAAAAAGUAAUGACUAGACUGGGGUUCGAUCCCAGGACCUUAUCGGCACCUUCGAGGCGGAGGAAAAGAUCCUCCGGCUUCUUGUGAGCGAUACGUGAUAACCAACUACACCAUCCAGCCAUGCGGUUGGUCAGAGAGCGCCAGAGCAGCUGAUACAGCUAGACCACUCGCACUCAUCAAUAUAGCAUUGGACUGGAUUUGGUAGAUGGGACGCUGAUUUGAUAGAUAUUGGUAGUGAGUGAUAGUUACAUCGUAGGCAUGGCCAGCUCAGCCGAGUGUAAUAUGUAAUGCAAUGCGGUGCUAGGACACGAUAACGGCACACUCGCCUCCCACAGCAUAGACAGCACAGCAACGAUAUCCAUCUGCCCAGUGAAGCACAAGGCUGCUGGCUGCCUGGCUGUGACUCAUUGCCGCAUCAUACGUAUGCUAUGAUACACCCUUGUCCUUGUAGCGGCGGAGCUGAAGCCGGAGAUGAGCUGGUCGAGCUUCCUCCCAGGCACAACAGCAUCGAGCCCAGCAUGCAGCGUGCAACACGCAACGCCUGCGGUGUUCGACUGCUGGCCCGGUUAGCCAUUGACAUCCGAACCAGGCCAGUCACUCGCCUUGACCCACGGU